GUCGUCUGUGACCCGGCUUGACAGCUGUUAAAAUUUUCCAAUAGGUUCUACGAUUUUUGUCGAUAUUUCUUACUAAAAAUCUAAUUGAAUGUUUAUUCGAACUAUUAAAACCUUCUAAUAGAGAGUGCCUAUAUAUCUCUGUGUUCAUUUUUACUUUAAGUGAGUUUGUUAAGUACUUACCAGUUACUCAACUUGGAACAACAAUGCCGAAGAAAUUCGCAGGUGAAAACAGCAAGGCUGUUGCUGCUCGACAGCGAAAAGAAAAUGAAAAGCAAGAAAAGGAUCUUAAGGCUAAGAAGAUGAUGGAGGAUGCAGAGUGGGAGGACAAUGACGACAAACUCAAAAAGAAACAGCAAAAGAAGGAAGAGCAAGAAAAGAAACGCUUAGAGCAGCUUCAAAAGAAGGCUGAGGCUAAAGCCUUACUCGAGAAGGAAAUGGAGUCACUAAAGGCUGCUCCUAAAGUAGCUCCACCUCCUCCCAAGAUCACCAGAGCACAGAUUGAGAAGAUGAAGGAAAAGACUAUCAAGCCAGAACCUGUUAAACCAGCUCCUGCUAAAGUUGUGGUAGAGGAACCUCGGCUGGAGGAGAAUCUCAACAGAAUCCAGUUGGACGGAGAGGUGGCACAGACUGUUGAUGAAGCUAUCUCCAUUCUCGGUGACAAGACAGAUUUGGACAGGCAUCCAGAGAAACGCCUCAAGGCUGCUUACACAGCGUUUGAGGAAGCUAACCUACCAAUACUUAAGGCUGAAAACCCAUCUCUAAGGUUGUCACAACUUAAACAGAUGCUGAGGAAAGAAUGGCUCAAGUCACCACAGAACCCACUCAACAUGAAAGUCUAAAGAGUUUCGACAAUGAAGGUCUGAUAGCAUCAACUUUGGAUAUAUACUUGGAUUUUUUUUUUCGAUUUGGUACACUUUGUAAUUAGUUUUGUUAAUAAUCAAAUCUGUUUGUAGUAGGAUGUUUUUUUCUGUGAAAUUGUUAGG